UUCAACUAGUAAGAAAAGGACGCUUUUGACAUGCGAGAUCAAUGAAUAUGAAGCCGGCUAAUCUCUCGUGAAAAAAACAUGGCACGUAGAAAAAGCGUUACGGCAAAGCAUUAAACUGUUAAAAUCAGUUUCCUGGUAUAAGUUCUUUAAGUGUGUUCACAUGGAUUUUCCCUAUUGUAGAAUGUCGAUUAUCAGUGGUCUGUGUUUAUUUAUGGGACAUCUUUUUUAUUAUACUCCUUCCUCCUGCCUCUGCAACUUAUCGGUAUCUUGGAAGUUACCAGACAUAUGCAACCGGGGACACAAUCAUCUAUACACUGCAUAAUCAUGGUGGGUCACGAUUUCCCCAUCGAAAAUGGUUGGUGGAGUGUCUGGAUGGGGAAGCUGCAGUCGAGAUCUGAUUGAUGAUUUUGAGCGGCUACAAGAAGUUUGGUGCAAGUUCAUGUUUCCUUACAAGCCGCCCUCGGCAGGAGUGUAUCCGUAUUAUCCUAACUGCUUCUACCGAAACUACACCACACAGUUUCACUGCUUCAAUGCGAACAAUUCAACUAUGAGCAUGAACAGCUUCGUAACCGGUGUGUGGGAUGAUGAUCUCAAUUUUUUUACCUGGCGUAUCGGACCCGACGACACCAGCGCCAUGAAAUGCUGCACGACACCUAAAGGGUACUACAUCGAUUACGGAUCCUGCUAUUAUUCUCCAACGCACGACCAAUUUGGGGAAUUCUACGAUUCCAACUUUAUGUUCCUGGUUUACUGCAGCCCGGGGAAUGUGAUGACGGGAAUGGCCAAGAAGCUAAACCCUAGUUCACUGGGUUAUAACAUUGACUGGAUUCAGUGUUGUCGCCUGGGGUACGGUGUACCGCAAGUUGUAUCCCCUCCCGUGACCCAGAGUUAUAGCGGACAUCCGACGUAUUAUGCCAAGGAGCAGUACUAUCCUUCACAAAUACCCAGCGGCUACCAGGCGCAGUAUCGCAGUUUAUCUGGUUCGAGCGAUGCCACCGGUAACCAAACGAGGUUCUCGCAAAAGCGGAUGUGGUUUCAGAAUAAGCCGGAUGUAGAGGAUUCUGGUUCAUACAAAAAUUCGUUUGCACUGGAUGGCCCUUAUAAUUCCGCUGUUAAGCUGUGAUUAAAUAAGGUGUUUGUUCGUCGCUGCCUUUCGAAACAACUAGCCGCAUAAAGCAAUCGCAAAGUACCGGCUGUGUUUUUUUUUACUCUGUACUCUGUAGAUGCUUACUGAGGUAUGGCUUCUGGACCUGUUUCUUGUUAUGCUACAUGCUGGCGAUUAUAACGGUUAGGAUGUAUCAUUUGAAAGCUGUUGCUCGCAUUACAAACAUACUACAUACAGUACGAGCAUACUGUAUGUGUUGCGUGGAAAACUGACAUC